AAUUAAUAAAAACGAAAACGGAAAAUUAUUGCUAAUUUUGGGAAUUUCUUAUCUUACUUUGUUAUAUAAUAUUUUAGUGAAAGUAUUUCAUUUUGAUUGGGAAUAGUUCACUUAGUCUUGAAUUUGAUAUUUGGUUUCAUUUCACCUAAAUUUUCAUUUCAUUUGUUGGGGGUUUUCAUUACGAUUAUAUAUAUAAUGUAGAACUGGAUGAAUCCGAGGUGAGUUUUGUGAGCUAAUACUAAUUGAAAGCAGUGGACUUUUCUUGCAGUGAUUUGCGGCGGCUUUGGAGACUGAAAUUUCACUUGUCAUCUUCCUUUUUGCUCUCUGUGCCUGAGGUUAGGGGAAGUUUGGCUUCGGGUAAAUCUCAUUUUGGCAAUUUUGAAUUUCGUGUUUAAGAAAGGUAGGAAAAUAGAUGAAUUUGUUGAGGAAAUUCCCGAGUUUUGGGAAGAAUAUUGGGGAAGAUUUUAGGAAUGGAAGUGUUAGGCUGAGUGAAAGAUUUUUCAUAGAUCUCUAGCAUUUGCUGAUUCAUAAUUUGAAGUUAGUUUGGUUUGGGUUUUCAAUUUUAUGAGAAAAAAUGGAGUUCCCCUUUUCUCAUGGUUGUUGGAUUCCGCCGAGAGCUCAGAUGGAGGGUGGUGAACAGUUUGGUGAUGGUAAUCGGAAUUCGGUUUCCGAGGAUCCUUUCAGCUUUUCUGAGCUCAUGAACUUUGAUACUUAUGCCGGAUUGUGUAAUAACCCCGCAGCUGUAGAUCAAACGUUUGCCUCCUUUGGUUUGUCCUCCUAUCCACCCUUGCCUUAUGCGUCUUUCAACUCGUUACAUAUUACUGGACAAAGUUCCGGUACCUUUGUUGAAGCCGGUGAUGCAUUAAGUGACAUGGGUAGUUCUUAUACUUCUGCUGAUACAAUGGUGUUCCAUCAAACAGAUGCACACUUUGGUAAUCCAUGGGAUUCUGCAGAUGCAGAAGUCAGUAUUAGACGAAAUAAUGGUGGCAAUAGGCAAAAUAAUUCUUCGGAUUUGGCUAAUUUGUCGGUUUCUAGGCCAAUUGGACGAUCACUUGAGGAGAGGAUGCUUGAAGCACUGUCCUUGUUUAAGGAGUCAUCUGGAGGGGGCAUUUUGGCACAAGUUUGGGUUCCAAUUAAGCAUGGAGAUCAAUAUAUGUUGACCACUUCGGAUCAGCCAUAUUUGCUAGACCAGAUGCUUUCUGGUUAUCGCGAAAUCUCGAGAACAUAUAUCUUCUCUGCAGAACUGAAACCGGGUUCUUUCCCUGGGCUUCCUGGUCGUGUUUUUAUCUCUCGAGUUCCCGAGUGGACUUCUAAUGUAAUCCAUUACAGUAAGGUCGAGUACUUGCGGUUUACACACGCAAUCAAGCACGAAGUCCGUGGUUCUAUUGCCUUACCAAUUUUCGAACCUUCUGAGAUGUCUUGUUGUGCUGUUUUGGAACUUGUCACUAUGAAAGAAAAGCACAAUUUUGAUUCAGAAAUGGGAAAUGUCAGCCUUGCACUCCAGGCUGUGAAUCUAAGGACUACUGCUCCUCCUCGACUUCUUCCCCAGUGCCUCUCCAGGAAUCAGAGAGCGGCUUUAGCUGAAAUAACUGAUGUAUUACGUGCUGUAUGUCAUGCUCAUAGAUUGCCUUUGGCUCUAACAUGGAUUCCUUGUAAUUACACCGAGGAAGUUACGGAUGAAAUUAUAAAAGUACGAGUUCGAGAGGGUAAUAUGGCUCAGGAUGGUAAGUGUGUGUUAUGCAUUGAAGAUACAGCCUGUUAUGUUAAUUACAAAGAGAUGCAAGAUUUUGUACAUGCUUGUGUUGAGCAUUAUCUCGAAGAAGGUCAAGGUAUAGCUGGAAAAGCACUUCAGUCAAAUCAUCCGUUCUUCUCUGCCGAUGUGAAAACAUACAACAUAAAUGAUUAUCCACUUGUCCAUCAUGCGCGUAAGUUCAACCUGAAUGCUGCCGUUGCAAUCAGGCUGAGGAGUACGUACACCGGGGACGAUGAUUACAUACUAGAGUUUUUCCUUCCGGUUAACAUGACAGGGAGUUCAGAACAGCAACUCUUACUGAACAAUCUCUCUGGUACCAUGCAACGAAUAUGUCGGAGUUUGAGAACCGUUUCAGAUGCAGAAAUUGUUGGGGAAGGAUCAAAAGUUGAGUUUCAGACUGGAACAGAUCAAAACUUCCCCCCUAUGUCUUUUUUCAGGAGCUCGGAAACAGCAUUAUCUGCAGAUUCUGAAAUGAACUUGAACCAUAGAGUUCCCUUGAAUGUAUCUAAUCCAACAAGUGAAGGGAAGGAAACAGAUGGCUCUCCUGAACAGGCAAUGACUGUGCCACGGAGGCACAUAGAAAAGAAGAGAAAUACAGCGGAAAAAAAUGUGAGCUUGAGUGUUCUUCAGCAGUACUUCUCCGGAAGUCUGAAGGAUGCUGCAAAAAGCAUUGGUGUUUGCCCCACUACCCUGAAAAGGAUAUGCAGACAACAUGGGAUCUCGAGAUGGCCUUCACGGAAGAUUAGCAAGGUGAAUCGAUCGUUACGAAAGAUACAAACUGUUCUUGACUCUGUGCAAGGGGUCGAAGGAGGAUUAAAGUUUGAUCCAGCCACAGGAGGAUUCAUUGCAGCAGGCACCGUUAUCCAAGAAGUUGAUAACCAGAAAGCAUUAGUAUUCUCCAAUAAUAACCCUCCCACUCUAAUACAUGAACCUGCCGAUAGAGAGAAAUCAUCAGCACCACUAGCAUCUUGCCCUGAUGGGGAAAAUUCAGUGUUUAAGUUGGAGGAAGAUGAGUGUUCUGUUGGUGUAAACAACCGAGAUGCUGCAAGGAGUGUGCUCAUUCAAAGUACCUUGGACUCUAGGUCGGUUGGUCUAGAUUCGGGAUUGUUCCAGUCAGCUAGCUUUGGCUCCGCGACUAAGACUUGUUCAGAAAAUGUAACUAAUGGCUCUUAUUUACAAGUAGGUCACAGGUGGGGUUUUAAUGAGGGGAAUCCAAAAGUUGAGGAUUCUGACUACCACUUUGUGUCUCAUAGCACAAAUUCUUUGGCUGCUGCUACUGCUUCUGCUUCUGCUGAUAAAAUAGAUAUCCGAAUGGAGAGAGAUGACAGGAUUGCUGAACAUAACCAUCGACCUACAUCAAGCAUGACAGACUCCUUAAAUGGCUCUGGUUCGAUGUUGCAUAGAAGUUCAUCAAGUUCUCAGAGUUUUGAGGAGGCAGAGGAUACAAAACCGAAGACAAUUUCAGCCGACAGCAGCUCGAAAAUUACGGUGAAAGCUACUUAUAAAGACGAUACUGUCCGCUUUAAGUUCAAGCCAUCUUCUGGGUGCUUCCAACUAUACGAAGAAGUUGCCAAAAGGUUCAAAAUCCAAUAUGGGACAUUCCAGCUCAAGUACUUGGACGAUGAAGAUGAAUGGGUACUAUUGGUUAGCGAAUCAGACCUACAAGAGUGUCUGGAAAUUCUCGAGUAUGUCGGAACUCGUGCUGUGAAGUUUCAAGUCCGCGAUAUACCUUUUCCGAUGGGCAGUUCUGGUAGCAGUAACUGUUUCUUGACUGGAGGCUCAUAGCAGAUAUGCUGAUCUUCCUGUUUCACUCCGUUUGCUUCCUUGAUCGUCAGAAAAUCAGUGGCUGCUCAGCUCUACACUGCUGUUUUCCGAAGUUGCAUCAUUCGAGUUUGAGGAAGAAGGUAAAGAAAGGAUUAGAAGAUGUUGGCGUAGAUGAUAUAAGACAUGUUUUGUGUAUAGAUUUGUAUAUGUUAGGUGAGGGAGUCAUAGAAAUAGGGUUGAAAUGGUAGUUUUAGGCUUCUGGGGAAGAGCAUUUAUUAGAAUCCAUGCAUGUAUUAUAACUAUAUCCAAAUAUAAACUGGUUUUUCGUUUU